CGUCGUCCUCAGUCGACCUCAACCGCUAGCAUUGACUCGGGCUCGCAUCGCUAUCUUGUCGCGCGAUACAUGAUGGCGUAAUCGACAUCACACUCACAUGAGAUACCAACGGACAUGAAUCGGAACUCUUGCCUCUUGUCGCAACCGGACGUUGUCCACAGGAUCUGCUCGCGCUGUGACCGAAGUACACUUCUAUCACUCUCAACCACUUCUCGCGCCUUCUCUACGCCAGCCUUGCAGAAGCUAUGGCGUUCGCUCGCGUCGUUUGCUCCUAUCUUCCUCACUCUCCCCGAAGAUGCGGUAAAAUGCACAGAAACCUCCUUGACCUACCGACCAUUCGUGCCCCCAGUGUUACUCGAAGUGACUCGGGAGCUUACCUACGAGGACCUUGUCCGGUUUCGAUUCUACGCACCACUAGUCCACGACGUUGCCGUCGCGUCCCUCCCUCGAUACGAAAUCGCUCUCAGUGCAUGGGAGGCUCUUGAACACGCCAACCCCGGCCCACUCCCCAACUUGCGCCAUGUAGGCAUCUUUGUGGGCCUCCGGCCUGAAGAACAUAUCUUUCCGCCGUUCUAUUUUCUUCUUGGGCACGAACUCCGGCAUGCGCAACUAUGCCUGAACCAGGUUUCUCUCGCGAGUGCUGCAGAGCCAGAUCCUAACCUCAACAAGCUGCUUGCGUCUCUUCCGCAAUCGUCCCCGCAGACUUCCUUGGUUACCCUAGAGGUCUAUCCUCCUGCCCCAUAUGCACGCGAUAUUUUGACGCAAGCGGUCUGUGGGCUCUCGAACCUCGCCAACCUUUCUGUCAUCGGUAUCCCACUCGGCCCUAGCGCGCUUAUGCACUUGUCCACGCUGCCCCGCCUUCACCACUUGAGGUUCCAUGCCCAGUCUUCCGAUUACCCAGAACACGUCCAGCUCCAACUACCGCCAAACUCAGAGCCAUUCUCUUCGCUGGAGAUCCUCACCAUUGACGCAGAUGGGGCUCGAUGCGUGACCACGCUCCUGUCCUUCCUCCGCCCUUGGCAACUUGACUCGUUGGAUAUCAAGUUGUCCACGCUCCCCUCUCAGGCCGAGCUUACUGCCCUCUCCACGGCCAUCGCCGCUCUGCCCUGCCGCGAGAUCCUCGGCGAGCUUGUAUACGAUUUUCCUGGCGGAUCCUACCAACCUCACACCACCGGUGCCGCCCUUCCCUGGAGCGCGUUCGUACCCCUGCAUACAAUCCCUCACAUUGCUGCACUCCGUUUAUACGGAGGCUGCUACACCGCGCCCGGCGACUCUGAGGUCGCAGCGAUGGCCCGCGCAUGGCCCCAUCUCCGUGCCCUCUCUCUAUGCGACCGGGUCGCAGACUCGGCGGGCAUCUCCCUCACGGCGCUCCUCGACCUCGUGACACGCUGCGACUCUCUGCAGGAGCUCCACAUCCCGCUCGCAGAUAUCAGACGUGCCGAGUGCGAGGAUAUCCUGAGCCGCCGGCCGCCCGCGCGCGAGCGCAACCCCGCGGGGCUCGGGCGGGUGAUGCUGUGCAAGGUGUUCAGCCUGAAUGUGGGCCGGGCGGCGAUCGCGGAGGCGGACGUGCCCGCGGUCGCGGCGGUGCUGAGCAUGAUGUUCCCGGAGGUCGAGACGGUCUGGCACUCUUGGCGGCAGCCGAUGUGGGGCGCGGAGGACGUGAACACGGACGCGGUGAUGUACCACAGGUGGCAGAGCGUGUCGGCGGCUCUGCGUGCGUUCGUUAAGGUGCGGGAUGAGGAGCAGGAUGAGCUUAUAAAGAGGCUACGCGCGGCGCGCGACGAGGGAGCAACGCAGUAAUUAUCAUACGCACGAUAGAGACUUCUAAGUACAUACAUUAUGAUCUGUUGCAUUAUAACGAUAACCCGAGGUUAAAAAGUAAUAGUAGAUUCUUGCUGCACC